CUAAGAUUUCAAGAUUCAAUUAGAGAGCAAAAUUCAAUGGAGAGUUCAAAAGUACCAAAUGUUGAAGGAGGAGAAAAAGGCCGGGAUUUCUCUUACGCGAUGCAGCUCGCCACCUCGGCUUCAUUUCCUAUGGUUCUGUACACCGCCAUCAAACUGAAUUUGCUUGAAAUCAUCUCAAAAUCUGGUCCUGGAUCGAAGCUUUCGGCGUCCCAGAUCACGGCUCAGCUAGCUACAAAAAACUCAAAUGCGGCUUCAAUGGUGGACCGGAUGCUUCGUUUACUGAGUGCCUAUUCCGUGCUCACUUGCGACGAGGUUAACGAUUCAGGGGAGGAUGGUUCUGUGCAUAAAAGGGUUUACGGGUUGACUCCGGUUGGCAAGUAUUUCAUUGAGAAUGAGGAGGGCUUCUCCGUUUCUCCUUUGGUUGAAUUGCACAAUGACAAAGUAUUCAUAGACAGUUGGUAUGAGCUCAGGAAUGCGGUUAUUGAAGGGGGGAUUCCGUUCAACAGAGUCCAUGGGACUCAUGCAUUUGAUUACCCUAGCCGAGAUCCUAGGUUUAAUGAGCUGUUCAACAAGGGAAUGGUUGGUCCAACAGGCAUCAUCCUAGAAAAGAUUUUGAGUGAAUACAAAGGUUUUGAACAGCUUUGCACAUUGGUUGAUGUUGGUGGUGGUCUUGGAAUAACGCUUCACAAGAUCAUAUCAAAAUACCCCUUAAUUAAGGGCAUCAAUUUUGAUCUACCUCAUGUUGUCCAUGCUGCACCAUCUUAUCCUGGAGUGGACCAUGUCGGUGGAGAUAUGUUUGAAUGUGUUCCAGGAGGAGACGCCAUUUUUAUGAAGAUGAUACUUCAUGACUGGAGUGAUGAUCAUUGCCUGAAACUUCUGAAGAACUGCUUCAAUGCUCUUCCAGACGGUGGGAAAGUAAUCGUUGUCGAUCUGAUUCUACCUGAGAAACCUGAUACCAGCACUUCUUCAAAGGGUAUUCUCAGCUCUGACGUGCUGAUGAUGACUGUCAAUCCUGGAGGAAGAGAACGAUCAGAGAAUGAAGUUCGGGCAUUGGCCGUUAGCGCUGGAUUCAGAGACUCGAAGUUGGUCACCCGUGUUGGCAGUUUGGGCGUCACCGAGAUCUACAAGUGAAUGAGAGUGUGCUUCAGCAUGUUUUCUAUGUUUCAGAAAUUUUCUUCCUUUUAUAGACUGAAAUCAUGUUAUCUAAAUGUUAUCCAAGUACAGACUUCAGACAUUCUUGGAGUAACUUUAGUGCUGGUGUGAUCAUUGAACAAUUUACUUCUUUUUCUUGAAUAAUUUGGUUAUCUUCACUGGAAUUUGUGCUUUCAUAACUUUAGUGCUGGUGUGAUCA